AACUUUCUCUCCCUGAACCGCGUCCAACCCUUGAACAGUCUAUAAAUUCUAUACCUAACGUUAGAUGGAUCUUUCACUUUUUUUCUAUGUUUUUUAAAUUACUACUAAAUUUUGAAACAGAAUUUGAUACAAUAUAAUAGAGAGUAAUUGCAUUCAGUAAUCAACCAGCUGGAAGAAGGGCUUUAUUCGGAAAUAUAGUAAUAAUGGGUAGGCCGAAAGAUGAGUACUACUGGAAUCAAGUUGAUAGAGAAGAAGAUGGUAGGCUGAAGUGUAAGCGCUGUGAAUUCAAAUUCAAAGGAGGAGUUUCAAGAAUUAAAGCACAUAUUGAUCGAUUAGAAGGAAAAGGCAUUCGUAUAUGCUCCACAUCUCCCAAAGAUAUCACAUCUUCAGAUCAUUCCCAUCAAGAUAUCAAUGUCAUCACUGCAUCUCCCAAAGAUAUCACAUCUUCAGAUCAUUCCCAUCAAGAUAUCAAUGUCAUCACUGCAUCACAAGUGGUUGAAAGUGGUUUAGAAAUGGUUGGGGGUGCAACUACAUUAUCAGCUGCUUUAUUUGAAGGUAACGAAGAGGAAUAUAGUAAUGGUGUUUUAACUACUUUGCAAAGUAAAUUAGAUGAGUUGAGGUCCGAUCUAAUAUGUGAAGAAGAGGACAUUCAGGGACAAUUACAAUUGCUGGAGUUACGUGGCCAGAAGCGCAAAAAAAAGGUUGAUCAUUGGUUGGAAGAAAUACAAAACAUGAAACAAAGAGCUAUUGAUAUGAAAGACUCACUGAAUGAGUUUGGGUGCUCUAACUUUCAUGUACCACAAGGAGAAAUGUAUUCGGCUGAAGAAUCACAAAAGAAAAUACAACAUUUGACUGAAGAUAUUCAAUAUCAUAAGAAAUGGAAGCCUCUGGUGUUGACUCAUGAAUAUUUUGGUAGGAAAUUUGAGAAAAAUGUUGAGAAGUUGUGGAAGCUUACGAGAGAUGAUCGAGUUUUCAUCAUUGGCAUAUAUGGAAUGGGUGGAGUGGGAAAAACUUUCCUAGCCGCUUACAUGCAGAAUGAGAUAAAAAGAAACAAAAUUUUCGAGGAUGUCUUAUGGGUUACUGUUUCCCAUGAUUUUACCAUUGUCAAAUUGCAACAGCGUAUUGCAGAAAUAAUAAAGGUAAGGCUUUGCAGUGACGAUGAAACGGAAAGAUCAAUGAUUCUGGCGUCAGAGUUGGAAAAAAGAAAAAACAUAUUAUUUAUUUUAGAUGAUGUUUGGAAGUAUAUUGAUCUAGAAAAGGUAGGAAUUCCUCGAGUAAAUGGUAUUAAAUUGAUCAUCACAAGUCGGUUGAGACAUGUCUGUCAACAAAUGGAUUGUCUCUCUGUUAAUAUAAUAGAAGUGAGUCCUAGUGAUUAUAAUGAUUAUUAUCUUGAUGAUGAUUAUCUUGAUGAUGAUUAUCUUGAUGAUGAUGAUCUUGAUGAUGAUCUUGAUGAAAUUGAUUCAGAUUGGAAGUUAUUUUUGCUGAAACUUGGACACUAUGAGACACCUUUAACACUUUCCCCUCAAGUGCGGAAUAUCGCAAAAUCUGUUGUACGGAAGUGUGGUGGUCUACCGCUCGGAAUCAGUGUGAUGGCUCGAACUAUGAAAGGGAUAACUAGCAUCCAUUGGUGGAGACAUGUGCUAAAUAAACUUGACAAUUUGGAAAUGGGAGUGAUGCAGGAAGAAGUUUUAACUGUAUUAAAACGUAGUUAUGAUAAUUUAAGUGAAGAGGAUGUGCAAAAAUCUUUUUUGUACAUUGCAUUGCUACCUAAUUUCAUGUAUAAAGAUGAUGUGAUAAAGAAGCUUUUUGACAUAGGACUAUUAAAAGUAAAUAAGAGUUUGGAGGAAAUAUUUGAUGAAGGAAAUGUCACGGUGGAUAAGCUCUUAAACCAUUCUUUAUUGAUGGAGAAUGAUUUGGCCCUAUCAAUGCAUGAUUUAGUGAGAAAAAUGGCUUUGAAUAUCUUGAAGGAGAGUGGCAGUAAGAUGAUGAUAAAAUGUAAUGGAGAUAUGAAAAAAAUACCUGAUACAUGGGAAUGGACAAUUGAUUUGGAAGUAGUUUCUCUAGCUACAAACAAGAUAAACGAAAUUCCACAGGACACAUCUCCAAUUUGUCCAGGCCUGUCGACCUUGUUUUCAUUUGAAAAUUUCAUUACACAUAUUCCAGAGUGUUUUUUCACUCACAUGAAUACUCUAACCAUUCUUGAUUUAUCAGGAAAUUCUUUCUUAAGACCUUUGCCUCGCUCGCUAUCUAAUUUGAGGUCUCUCACUUCUUUAAUGAUCAAUAAAUGUUCAGGAUUGACAGAUAUACCUCCAUUAGGAGAGUUACAAUCAUUGUUAAGGUUAGAGAUUUCAAAUUGUUUAAUCGAAGUACUACCAGAAGGUUUGGAAAAUCUAGUAAACUUGAGAUGGUUAGAUCUAUCCAAUAAUGCUUAUUUGGAAUUGGUACCAAGAAGUUUUCCGUCUAAUUUGACCAAUAUUCAAUACCUGAACCUCUGGCAUUGUUCAGGAGGUAUAGAAGUAGAAGAUGUAAAGGAGAUGACUAUGCUUGAAUGUUUUAAAGGAACAUUUGCCAAUGAGAAUAUUCUUAACCGUUAUGUACGAGAAAUCUUGAAUAGUGCUAAUGGACCUCAAACUUAUUUAAUCGAUCAUCUGGUGGAUUGGAAGCAUAAUUGGCGUGAGAGGCCUCCUUGGAGUUGGGAAUCUUAUUUUCUCACAUUUGACUAUCGAACUAUGUCCUUUAAGGAUUGCAAAAAAAUGCCACAUUUCCUUCCGGAAAACCUUAUAAAAUUAUUACUGGAGUACAAUGAUCAUUGGGUAUACUUAUGUGAUAUUCUAUUAUCAAAUGAUAUUUCUCAUUUGGAGGAAAUUUGCAUUCAUGAUUCGACAAAUCUAACGAGUUUGUUUUGUUCAUCUUCAUCUUGUUGUUUGUGCAUCAAUAUCAGAAACCUUCGAACUUUGAAGCUUUCUUGUUUGCAAAGUUUAACUACCAUUUUCAAGGAGUUGCCUCCGAGAGGCAUGUUCUCUCAUCUCAAAACCUUGGAUGUCUACAAAUGCCAUAGAAUAAAGAUUUUGUUGCCAUCAAGGUUAGUGCGACACCUUCAAAAUCUGGAAUCUGUAACUUUAUCACACUGCGAUUCAAUGGAACAAAUAUUUGCACUGGCUUAUGAUGAUAGUGAUAAAAAUGAUGAAAAUGAUGAUGAUGGAGAUAGGGAUGGAGAUGAAGAUGAAGAUAAUGAAGGUGAACAUGAUGAUAAUAACAAAAUUAGACUUCCUAAGUUGAACUGUUUGGAAGUAAAAUAUUUACCACAACUAAAAACUGUGUGCGAAGGGGUUUUAAUUUGUAACUCUGGUUUAAAACCAUUCAUCAUUGAUUGUCCCAAAUUAUGUGAGCCCAGGAUAGAAUAGAUGGCUUCAUGAUUGUCCCAAAUUAUGUGAACUCGAAAUUUGCACUAUGAAUUUGUUUUUAUGCAUUUAAAUAGAAGGUUGAAGUGAUAAGUUUUUCCAAAUCAUUCCUCA